AUGCUAAGCGCCCAGGAGCCACCUCGGCCCUCCGGGCUCCGGGGAGCAGCCGCGGAAACCCCUGAGCCGCCGCCGCCACGCAGCCCUCGGGGCACGGCCCUGGCCCCCGCCAAGCCCCUCACGUCCUUCCUUAUUCAGGACAUCUUAUGGGACGGGCCGGAGAGGCGCAGCGUCGGGAGGCUCAGCCCUGCUCCCGGGCCCGAGCCAGAGCCUGAGCCCGCGCCGCAGCCAGAGGCCGAGCCUGGCUCCUUGUCCGGGUCCGAGAGCCGCCCGGCGCCCCAGGAUGAGCAGCCGGUGAGGCCCGCGGAGGCUGACCGGAGCACAAAGCUGGUCUCCUCUCCCUCGGCGACAGAGCCAGAUGCACACUUUGAGACCUGUCUGCUGGGCUGUACAAACCCUGCCAGCGCUGCCUCCCCCAAAGCCCUGAAGCCACCCAAGCGGUCCCGGGCUGCCUUCUCCCACACCCAGGUCAUUGAGCUGGAGAGAAAGUUUAGCCAUCAGAAGUAUCUGUCGGCCCCCGAGCGGGCUCACCUGGCCAAGAACCUCAAGCUCACCGAAACCCAGGUCAAAAUCUGGUUCCAGAACAGACGGUAUAAGACCAAGAGAAAGCAGCUGACCUCUGACCUGGGAGACCUUGAUAAGACCUCCUCCCUGCCCAGCCUAAAAGAAGAGAACUUCUGUGGGGCCUCACUGAUCUCCAUGUAUAAUAGCUACCCCUAUUAUCCUUACCUCUACUGCUGGGGAGGCUGGAGUCCAGCUUUCUGGUAGUCCUGGCCAGUGACUGGGGCCCAACCCAUAGCUGCUUCUUCCACUUUGUUCUCUGAAAGCAAAAGGGGGCCAGAGUCGGGGAGGUCAGGAGAGGAAAGGGGCCCAUCCACCCUGCCAAAGGCUCUGAGUGGCGCUCAAGCCCCCAUUUCUUGACUGGUGGGUUCACUAAAUCUGUGACCCGGCAUCAUAUUUAAUAUUUAAAUGGCACUCAGGGCCACCCAAGGCACAAAAUGAGGGUACCCCUCCCAUCCCAGCGAUGUUGCAGAGGAAUAUUCUUGUGCAGAUUGGGGCUGGAUUAGAUGCUUCUCAGGUGCCACCAACCAGCUCUGAAAUUCUGAAUCCUGAAGUGGAUCUGACUCCCUCUCCACUCCCGCUUUAACUGUCUUUGCUUUGAACUACUUUUAAAAAAAGUUCGAGCUCCAGGGCUCUCUUCCCAGUGCCUUUAUGCUUUGUUUUAUGAGCUGUCAGCAUCUCUGCUUCCGGGAGGGUAUGUUCUUUCCCUUCAGUUUGGUCACCUGUGUAAACGAAGCAUCUCAUGAGAAGCUAAAGCCAUUACAGGAGCAGCAGCAGUGCCAAGACUGGAGCCUUAUGAAAGGGUCUGCGCUGUGGGUCUAAUCUAAAAGAAGUGCUGAACCUCUUUGGACUUGGGAACGUGCCUGAUGUUCUCUUUGUCUCUCCCC